AUGGUUACUCUUACCGAAGUCGAGGACGAGCACUUCCAGUCCACUCAGGCUGGCCCUGAUGUUGAUGACGACGACUUCACUGACACCGAUUCCGAAAUCUCCAAUGAAUCAGACUAUGACCCCGCGAACGAAACCCUUGCAGAACGCCUAUACGCACUUCGAGACAUGGUCCCCCCGACAACGAGAGGUUGGAUCGCCAGCCGUGUCAAUUCCAUCUCUAGCAAGGCUUGGAGCGUACUGUCAUUCAGUGGCAAGGGUGCUUGGGUUAUCACCACCUCUGCCCUGUUCUUCGGCGUACCCUUCGCUCUGUCCUUUGCUGAGGACCAGCAACUCACUGCCAUGGAGCAGGAGUACAACAUGCGACAAACCGGUGGCGAGCUGCUGACCGCCGGCGCCGAGCAGAACACUGCCGACAAAGUCGGGGCCGCCCUUGGCGACGGCCACGCUAAGCCGUCGCUGUAG